ACUUGUUUAGAAUUCUUUUGCGUUGUUAACGUUUUGUCUCUAUAAUUUCAUUACAAGCCCAUUCAAGAUGAGCUGUCCAUUCAACGAAGAACAACUGACUCAAUUAAAAGCGUUUGUGGAAUUAUGCAAAGCGACGCCGCAGAUUCUACACCAUCCAAAACUGGUAUUCUUCAAAGACUAUUUGGCGUCUCUUGGUGUCAGUAUCCCAACACCUACCUUCGGCUCGCAAAGCUCCGCACCGUCUGGUGAUUCAAACACCAGUAACAUUAAUGCAGAGGAGAAAAUGGUAUCUUCUGAAGAAGAAUCAGAACCAGAGUCAGAUGUGGAGCUGGACAUGGAAGGAGUUAUUGAACCUGAUACACUAGACAAUGAACAAAACAAAUUUGAUUCAACAAAAGAACCCACUGAUGAGGAGCGUGAUCAAUCUGAUGAGAAACGAUCUGAAGCUAUGCGAGCAUUCUCAGAACAACAGUUUGAUGAGGCCAUAAAGCUUUACACUGAGGCUAUACAGCUCAAUCCACAGAGUGCUUUGUUAUUUGCUAAGAGAGGGCAGGUCUAUCUUAAACUCAACAAACCCAAUGCCUGUAUCAGAGAUUGUACUAGAGCCUUAGAACUGAACUGUGAUAGUGCUGCUGCCUAUAAAUUCCGUGGACGUGCUUACAGGUUACUAGGGAAGUUUGAAGAAGCAUCGCAUGAUCUAUGUGAAUCCUUAAAGAUUGACUAUGAUGAUCAAGCCAAUGAGUGGCUUUCAGAAGUAAAGCCCAACGCUGAGAAACUGCGUCAACACAAACUCAGUGUACAUCGGAAGAAGGAAGAAAAAGAGCACCGCGCGAAGCUUCGUCGUGCUCGCAAAGCGGCUGAAGCGCGGGCUAACGCUGCGAAGGCGCAAGCGGGGGCGGGGAUGGGGGCGCGUCCUCCCCCCGCUGGCUUUGACCCGCAGAACUUCAGCAACCUACUGUUCGACCCGGAGAUCAUGUCCGCUUUUCAGGAUCCGGAAUUGGCUGCGGCAUUCCAAGACGUAUCUGCGAAUCCAGCCAAUUUCGUAAAGUACCAGAACAAUCCUAAAGUUGCUGCUGUCAUCGAAAAGUUACAAGCCAAACUCGGCAAAGGAGGCGCUGGCGGUUUCCCUGGAGGAUUCCCUGGUGGCUUCCCAGAUUUCGGAGGUGCUGCACCCGGAUCCGGUGCACCUAAACCACCCACAGACGACGACGUAGGAUUGGAUUAAAUACUACUUUUUGGAAUGCUCAAGUAAAUUACCAAACAAUAAGCAUUAAUUGUAGUUUAAGAGUGUUAAAGCUUUCAAUUGUAUUAUUUGUCCUCAGAGUUUCAGAAUAAGGGGGCAGAUCUUUAUUCAUGUUUAUUUUCAUUCGUGUUAAAUCUAAUUUGGUAUUCAAUGAGAUACUUCCUUUUAGUGUUUUUGGUAUUAUCUCUUUAUGUGUAAAGGCCGCUAACGCGACAUUGCCGGAAUUGUGUAAACAUGAAUUAAAAUCUCUGUAUACAAUGGUUACAGUUGUUUCCUUUAAAAAUGCUAGGAAUCCAUACCGUUAGCCAUGUAUGAUCAUGAUUUUAACAAAAGGCAAUAGAAUCGUUUAAUAAUAAUACGCUCAUAUGAAGUUUUAACACUCUGACUCUAUUUUAUUCACUAAUGCCAUAAACAUUUGUUAAAAUUUGUACACUAAUUAUCAGUUGAUAUGUCAAAAAGAAGAUUAUGUAUUUUAAAGGUAUGGCGAAAUAUAAAUAUUAAUUUGCGGUGCAUAUUUUUACGUCAUUGCCAUUUCAUAUAGCUUUGCCUAUAUCGAUGACUUAUUGUAUUGCUAAAAUUGUUUGUGCUUGUUUAUUGUCAAUUUAAUGCUAUUUCCUAUAAAGUAUAGCCGCUAAUAACAGGCGGUAGUUUUUUUAUCUGUUUUAAACUAGUAUGUAUCUAUUAUUAUCUUCACCUCGGGAGACCACAUCAAUUUCAAAAUCUAUGAUCGCUGUUGGUGUGUUUUUUAACGCAAACAAAGACGCGCAAGAAUCGAAAAACCAUUUGCCAUUUUUCAAAUCUGUCGCAUACUCGUGUAAUUAUUAUUAUUAUAUGGUAAAUAAUUAAUCUGGGACAACCACCCAGUUUCUGAAUUGAGAAUUCAAUUAAAAACAUUUGAAACAAUACUUAAACAUAUUUUAAACAGGUUUUCGUUUCUGAUUUUAGAUUUUCUAGUGAUCAGUUGACAACAGUUUUAUAAUAGUAGGACUUUUUGACAUGUCAAAAGUAUAAAACUUAAGUUAUUGAGAAUAAUCUGUUGAGAUUUCGUACUUUUCUCAGUUCAUAAACCAGCCAAAAAAAUGUUAAUUCUACUAUUUCGAAAUAUGAAAAAAAAAUAUAAACAAGGUGUACAGUUUUAUAUCUAAUUACUACAAUUUGUAGCUAAUAACGUGACAAUUAUGGCUAAUAGAUUUAAUGCAUACCAUAUAUUUAAAAAUAUAUAUUCAUGCUUAAUAAAAUCUUUAUCGAUUGCCAAACGACGUCGACAAUGUAUCAACAUUCAACAAUGCUACAAGUUUCUAUGAUUUAAUUUUUGGUGAUAAUCAUUCUCUUUGCAUUUAUUUUAAUGUUUGUUAUUAUCUCAGCUAGACUGUUGUGUGAAAUGGAAGAGUGGCAACGUUAUAACGAAACAUUUUCAACCCCAUCUAUAUUAUCUUUACCAAUUAGACAGAUAAGUUUGACUUUUUAAAUCAAACUAAGAAAUAAUUUAAACAUUAUUAUUAUGGACGGUGCUUUAUGUUAUAAUUCUGUUUUUACACUACAGUGACAUCAUGUUACUAUAAAAUUCCAAAGCACAAUUUAUUUUAUAAUUCACUAUCAUGUUAAAGUUUAAAAUCAAUUAUAAAAAACGACUGUUUUGGGUAACGUGAUGUGCUGGAAAAUUAAUGUAUAAAUAUGUAUCCAUUUACAAUGGAGAAAGUAACAUAUUCAAAUUUAUUACUUUAUAUAAAUUUCUCUUGUUUUAAUUCCCAUUUGCACUAAAGUUAAUUGGCCAAAUAGAAAACCAAAUUUAAUUAUUUUUAUUAUCGAUCUGUAACUGACAAUUUCUAAUUUAUGUGAACCAUUAAUGGUUCACUCUUGGAUAAAAUUCAUUUUUUUUUGUUAGUAUAACAAUUAAAACUAUUUUUGUAUAUACCUAGUUCUAAUACUAAUUUCUUUUGCAGUAAUGUCUAACAUUGACAAUGAAACCAAAAUUUUGUUUGAAUAAUUGUUUGAUGGUGACUGGUACAUAUUAUUUUAUUAAAUAGGUUUCGUCUGAUUAUGCUAGUUAUUUUUGUAUGUGAAUGGUUAAUAAAAUUGUCUAAG